CCGUGAUGUAAAAUUUUUUGAACACAUUUUUCCAUUUGCAUCGGAUUCCUCUCCUCCAGAUACUUCUCACUCGCCACCUAUUUUUUCGCCUAAUGAUUAUGAUGAUCCCUUUUCUCUUGGAUAUUCUGGUGAUUUGAAUAAAGGGGUGCAGCCACUAGUACAUAAUGAAUUCACGUCCCAAGCAAAUGGGCCACCCGAUGAGUCUUCACUUGAUGGGACAUCAUCAUCCUCAAUUAUGGCAGAGGACACACCUCUUGUUUCCCAGUAGGAGCAGCCAGCUCCACUCGGCCGCGGACAGCGCACACGCAUACCUUCGGUGCGUCUCAAAGACUAUGUUACGCAUACUAUUAUUAAAAACAGUCCAUUCCCCACUCCUCCUGCUUCGUCACCCUGUUCAGCUCUUAAUUCUAUUACGGAGCCCCAAUCUUUUCAUGAUGCUGUUAAACAUGAUGGAUGGCGUGAUGUUAUGAAGGCCGAGAUACAGGCACUUGAAAAUAACUCCACUUGGAGUCUUGUUCCUUUACCUCCUGGAAAACGUGCCUUGGGUUGUCGCUGGGUUUAUAAAGUGAAGCACAAAUCUGAUGGCACUGUUGAACGGCUGAAAGCUCGUCUUGUUAUUUUUGGGAAUAGGCAGGUUGCUGGUCUCGAUUAUACAGAAACUUUUGCUCCGGUUGCUAAAAUGGUGACUGUGCGAGCUUUUCGUGCCAUAGCAGCUUGUAAGCAUUGGGAGUUACAUCAAAUGGAUGUACACAAUGCUUUUCUUCACGGAGAUUUACAUGAGGAAGUCUACAUGACUAUUCCUCCGGGCUAUAAAACACGUGACACCACCUUGGUCUGUAGACUUCAUAAAUCCUUAUAUGGACUUAAGCAGGCCCCGCGGUGCUGGUUCGCAAAAUUGGUCACUGCUCUUAAGAAUUAUGGCUUUCUUCAGUCAUAUGCUGACUAUUCUUUAUUUACUCUUACUCGCG